AUGAAGUUCGGAGUCUUGGUACUCGCUUCGGCGGCGAGUGCUCACACGCUCUUUACCACUCUUUAUAUCAACGGGAAGAACCAGGGCGACGGAACCUGUGUACGGAUGCCGCACGACAGUUCGACGGCCAACGGGCCGAUAUAUCCCAUUACGGGAGACGACAUGUCUUGUGGGCGUGACGGUAACAAUGCCGUUGCUUUUACUUGUCCCGCGCCGCACAAUGCCACUCUGACGUUUAAAUUCCGGGAGUGGACUGACGGCAGUAAUUCUCGGGUUAUCGCACCAGAACACAAGGGACCUUGUUCGGUGUACCUGAAGAAGGUCGACGACAUGUAUGCCAACAACUCUGCCGCCGGGCCAGGUUGGUUCAAGGUCUGGGAGGACGGCUACGACUCUGCCUCGGGCCAGUGGUGCGUGGACAAGCUUAUUGACAGGGAGGGCCUUCUCUCUGUGCGUCUGCCGGAGGGCCUGCCGACAGGCUAUUACCUCGUCCGUCCAGAGAUCUUGGCCCUACACAACGCUGUUCAAGGGGACCCGCAGUUUUAUCUUGGCUGCGCACAGAUCUACGUGCAGCAGGGACCUGACGGCCCUCUGCGCAUACCGGACGAAUUCAAUGUGUCGAUACCGGGACACGUGUCUGCGGACACGCCUGGUCUCACGUUCGACAUAUACAAAAAGCCGCACGGGGAGUAUCCGAUUCCGGGGCCGAAGGUGUUUAUCCCAGAGGCCAAGUCAUUCUCGCCAAGUCGGAGCAACCAAACAGAGGGCGCCAUCCCGAAGGACUGCGUCGUGAAGAACGCAAAUUGGUGCGCCAAGCCCGUGCCGGGCUUUUCGACAGAAGAGGGCUGCUGGGCGUCGGUGAAGGACGGUUGGGAUCAGGCCCAGGCGUGUUGGGACUCUGUGCCUCCCAGCGGCGAUGCCAACUGCAAGACGUGGCAGGAUUAUUGCAAGGAGCUGGAGACUCAGUGCGGCUCGGGGGACUACGCCAAUGGCCCCGUGGAGUUGAAGGGCAAUGACACGAUGACGGAUUUGUUAGGCGAGGAUCUCGGGAUGUGGAAUGAUGUAUUCACGGAGACGGGGAAGACUGGAGCCAAAGACUCACGGAGACAUGUUUUGUAG